GCAUUUGAGUAUUUAAGUCUUGUUGCACUUUGGCACUGCAGUAGUGGUUUUGUCUCUUAAGGAUAAUGUCAAGAUUUAUAAAGGCGUUUUCUCACAGUUCCUAGCUAGCAGUACAGAGGGGUCCUAUUUCAGUGGUGCAUCAAAAUCUUUUUUUUUGUUUGUUUUUUUGGUGGCUUAAAUUCAUGCUGCUUUCAGCUCUGCUAGUUUGCAUUUUGCGUAACGCACUGUUCUCACUGCCAGUCUGCACCGGCUUUCUAGAAGGUGAUCGGGUUUGUCCACGUUACCUGGAACUUUCCUCACUCGCUGUUCCCGUUCCAGCAGCUCUAAUUAUAGGGGCUGCUGCAGUAACAUCAGCAUGCUGUGACUGCUUCUUCAUGUGCUUUUGCUUUUGCAGGACUGACCUCCCAAAACCCUAUUUAUAAGGUCAAUUUAUUUAUAAGGGUAUAUAUUUAUUAAAACAUAUGUAGUCAUAUGCAAAAAGAGACUUCUUCUUAUUGGCUGUUUGCUCCAUUACUACUAAUCUAAGAGAGCAAAUGAUUCAUGCAUAGCCUAUGCUUUACCACUGUGGUGAAACAAAUGCCUUUAGCCUUAGCCAUAGCCUUUAGCCAUGGCUUGGACACACACACACACUCACACACACAGAGACACCGAAGGAACACCUUACUGAAGCUGCGUUAUAGCUAAAACCACACUACUACACCCAUGACGCCCCUUAGUGGAUGAGUACAUGGCUUUCAGGUGGCUCAGUCCUGUUUAUAUAAUAACCAUGUAGUCCAUGAUCAUCUACUGCCACCUGGCGGUUAAAACACCUAACUGCACCCUUCCAUACACUGACCAUUUGUAUUUUGCUGGGGAUAAAAACUCUAAAAAUAUAGAACAUAAUGUCAUAUAUUGGCAUAUACUGUAUAAGUCUUAUAAUAAAGUAAUGCAUUAUAUUUGAGGUAAGGUGACGGUAUUAAAUUUACAAUUAAUUAAUUAAUAAAUACUACUUUUUUUUUUAAGUAGGGGUCGACAUUGUAGUCAGCUAGUGCCACCUGGAGGGGAAAAAUGUUAUCAAGAGAAGAGAACUGAAUCAGAUCAAGCUGUUGGUCCAGAAACAUCCAUGUAAUGGUUUUGGAAAUAUGAAUAAUAAGCACGGAAUAUAUAAAUAAAUAAAGAAAUCUUUAAUUGAUUAUAUAGAUUUUUAAUUGAUUAUAAAGACAUUUAACAUAUGCUCGCUUUCUCUCUCUCUCUCUGUGUGUGUGUGUGUGUGUGUGUGUGGCUGGUCUACAAAGAGCUGCAGAUUGCCUCUUUCCUCGAUGGGAAUACAUUAGUGAGCAACGCUUAUUUGACACCCCUAUAAAAACGUAAUAUACAGGAAGCACUUUGCAUGGAUGGGAAAAUAGGCCCGACGUUUUCCCCUCAUGCUAAGACGGUGGUCAUGCUGCCACCAUUGUCCUCUGGGGAACCCCUGCAGCUGGAAUACGCACCAUCACACGCACACACACACACACACACACACACACACAGAAAGCAGCCAUGGCUUAAACACCACACCUCCAGUAAUCACUGACAAAACACUUAUACCCUACCUAUAUUAGGUCUGAUUGAUGUCUUUGGAAACAUGCAAAUGAUAACACAUUGCAUUUACAUUUAGCCUACAUUGGCCUAUUAAGCUACAUUGGCCUAUUUUAUUUUAUUUUAUUUUUUUUUACGUUUCACUUUAGUGUGUUCGCGAACGAGUCGGCUCUUUGACUCGGUUCAUCUAGGUUGUCUGAAGCAGCAUGACAGGGUGUUUAUAGGGAGGCCAUCAGUUAUCAGAAUAGAUAGAAGUAAAUCUGAAGAACAGACACAGGUGCUCAGGGAUGCUGAUUUAAAUAAAGAUAAAUAUUUAAAUAUUGAAAAUAAAGUGUCUAAGAUGCAAAGUAAUGUUAUUUUGCUAAUUUUGAAAUUUUCACUGAAUAAUUUCAGCCAUAGCCAAGCAAAGAUAAACAUUCAUCAGUCAGAAUAUUGCAAAUUUUGCCCUGUUUAGGAAAAAAAUAUAUAUAUAACAGUGCAGCCGUUUGAGAGGCGAAGGAGUCGGCUCUUACGGCUGAGUUCAGCCAAAUGAUCCGACUCACUGAAAAGAGCCGAAUCCGCAUCACUAUUUAACGUCGCUUUGUGCCUCGCCCAAUAGUCGCUUUCUAUCAAUUGUGACGUGGGCACAUUUAAAGAUCAGUGUUGUAAAGCGCUUCACCUGGCCUCAGGUGUCCUGCUGAGAGAGGAGAAGCAGCCAGAGGAGGCAGCGUGAAAAGCUGGAAAACUCAACCUUGCUAUUUCAACAGCAGUUAUAUUUCAACCAGCUGUAACCAGACUGUCAACUCUUGUACUGGCUGCUCGAUUUUUCGUGUCAAAAACGUGUAUUAUGAAUGAAAACGCCCUGAGUGUUCAAGUAUGUCUUCCCCCAUCUUUACCGACAUCUUUCAUUGUAAAGAGAGUGUGCUCCUGAAAAGUUUAUCCUGCUACACUGACGAUGGGCUAAAUGAUAGUUUGGAUGGGAGCUCAGCAGAACUGACUGAUGUGUUUGAAGAGGAAGGGUGUGAGGGUGAGGUUUGGACUCCACCACCGAGCGAACUGAGAUGCAAAAUAGCUGCCCAGCUUGAGUUCUACCUCUCUGAUGAGAAUCUUGAGGCCGAUGCCUUCCUUUUAAAACAUGUCCAGAGGAACAGGAUGGGUUACGUCAGCCUGAAGUUGCUGACCUCAUUCAAAAAGAUACGAGAUCUGACACGUGAUUGGCGCACCACUCUGGCUGCUGCCCAAAUGUCUGAGCACCUGGAGGUGAAUGAGAUGGGAACCAAGGUACGACGGAGAACCCCGAUCCCUGACCGCCUGCUCUGCAUCCCCACCACUAAGCUGCUGCUAGUUUGGAACUUCCUGGCCAGUUCCAGUUCUACCAAGUUUGAGGACAGCGGGUCACCCAAAACUGAUCAGCAAGGAAUCAUGGAGACCGCCAUGCACAUGUUUGCUUCAUAUGGUACAAUCACUUCUCUUCGUAUCCUCCGCCCAGGAAAAGAGAUCCCUGCGGAGCUCAAACGCUAUGCCAAAAAACAUGCCGAGCUUGGGCGAAAACUAUGUGCUGUGGUUGAAUAUGAGUACUUGGAUGGGGUGCGCAAGGCAUAUGAAACUCUGAAAGCCCAGGAACAGGCGCAGGGUGGGAAAGGUAUCCGCGUGGUACUCCUUGGGAGCCGGGGAACACGGAAGCAAGGGAGCAGCCAGGGUCAAGCAGAGGAGGAGUCAGAGGAGGGCAUCGACAUUGACUUUUCAACAAAGCGAAACCGGAAGUCCAAGAAAAACUUCUACUGUCUGGAAGAUUCAGUUUUGUACAGUUCAUCAGAGUCGGAUUUCACUCCAGCCUCACCACGUCCUAUCCGUAGAGUCUCUCGCCCUCAGGCUCAGUAUGGUAGUCCCCUGGCCAUCCCACGGAUUUCCACUUCCCAUUCUGACCCUUUUCGAAACCCUCUGGGCAGCCCGGUAGGUAGUCCUCUCCUGCCACACAAGCUUUUUCCUGGAGGUCAUGCUGCCUCGACACUAGCCACUUCUCCAUUAAGCAGCACUCCGACUUCAGCCUGUCAUUCAUCAUAUAACAGAAGCAAGUGCUCAGGUGAUUUCUCACAGGACAGCACAGGCUAUGGAGGGAGUCCAUGGGUCCAACGGCGUAAAAAUGCUGCACAGGCUUUUUAUCCAGAGAAAAGCUGCCCCUUGUCCCCAGAUCAGAUAAAGGGAGCCAUCAAUGUGCUAGUGGUGCGCCAGCCGUUGGGCCCUGAUGGUACUAAAGGUUUUCACAACUGCAUUGGAAGAGGAAAGGUGCUGCUGCCACAGUGAGGCACUAGUGGGUCUCUGAAGUGGACUUAUGGGUUGAUCUGCAGUACAAAAUAUUUUUUUAAACCAGUGUCCAAUGAAUGCUAUUGUCAGUAAUUACUUAUGUCCAUGGUUUAAAAAAAUGUAUUCCUUUAUGGUAAUUGUUUUGUAUUAAAUAAAAUAAUAAAUAAAGGUUGUAUUGUAAUCAGUA